AUGGGAGACGCGACCGCCCUUGGAGAGGCCUUAGAACUUCCAAGCGGCGGCGCCACAGCGUUGCCAGAAUCUACGCCGGCCGAGCCGCAGGGCGAAUCAGACGACGAACUGCUCCGCGAGAUGUUGGAAGCGAUGGAUGUUGAUGAAAUUCGUCUUCACAUUGAAGGACUCCACCCCGCGCCCUACGGUUUCUACGAAGAAAACGACACGACGGACGGCGCGCAAGCAUUGUGCGCUGAUGACGAGUUGUUCGCCGCGUGGGGCAUUUUGCCCGCUAGCGGUUCCUUUGAUCCUCAAAAAGGUGACGCCACGGCAGAGCAGCAGCGCGGGAGCCAGGGUGCUGGCGUUGGCGCUGCCGUCGGUGGUACUGAUGGCGCCGAUGCCACACAUAAUGCCUUAGUUUAUGCAGAAGGCGAUGCCACGGCAGAGCAGCAGCACGGCGAAACGAUGGAGGUCGAAGGGAUUUUUCUUCAGCUUGACGGACUCGCCAUGGCGAGCUACGGUUUCUGGCCUGCAGACGACACGACGGACCAUUCGCACGAAUUUCAUACUACUGGCGAAUCGAUGUUCUUCUCCCCCACCACCACGUGGAGCUUUCAAGACGCCAACGCUUUUGGGGAUCUGCCCGCGACCUACCCCGCGAACCCCGCCGCGAUAGGCGGAGAUUCUGCUGAGCCGACGUGGGUUCCGCUUCUGGGAAUCGAAUGGGCUGAGAAUGCGGCUUUUGAGGCGCCUCAAAAGGGUGUGGAUGCUGACAGUGCGGACGAUCCUGACAAUCCUGACACUGAUGCUACCUGUAAUGGCUUUCUUAAUGCAGAAGAGGACACCACGGCAGCGCAGGAGCACAUGAGCCACGCUGCUGGCGCUCAUACUGCCACCGGUGAUGUUGCUGGUGACGAUGCUAACGAUGCUGACGCCGAUGCUACCUAUGAUGCCAAUGCUGAUGCGACAUGCGACGCCACGGCAGAGCAGCAGCGCGGGAGCCAGGGUGCUGGCGUUGGCGCUGCCGUCGGUGGUACUGAUGGCGCCGAUGCCACACAUAAUGCCUUUGUUUAUGCAGAAGGCGAUGCCACGGCAGAGCAGCAGCACGGGAGCCAGGGUGCUGGAGCUGGCACUGCCGUUGGAGGCAUUGAUGGUGCCGAUGCUGGCGGCAUCACUAUCACAGAAGGGGUGAACAUCCCACGAGUGCUGCAGCAGAUGAAUCGACUCAGAAAGCAGGCGUGUGCGAGUGGUAGCAACGGCGGCGCCAGGCCGGUGGCAACCACCAUCAUGCCACACCGGCCUGGCGCCGUCGUUGCGUCUACUCGGAUUGCAAGCCGCAACCACCUGGCAGAGCUGUGGAGCCACAGCCACAGCCACCCUCAGUUUGAUGCUAGCGCCGCCUUACCCAUCGGACCUGCUGCUUCCACUCCCACCCCCACCACCCCAACCACUCUUAACACCACUCCAUCCCCAUCAGCACCAACCACUCCCACCACCCCAACCACUCCAUCCCCAUCAGCACCAACCACUCUUGCCGCUGCUGAGUCUGCUGUGCCCGGGCCUUAUCAAGCAGCUUCUGCCUCCUCGUCUUGCCUCGUCUCUCCGGUGGCCUGCCAGGUGGCGUGUCGGUAUUGGGUGGAAUUUGGGCCGUGA